UUUGCCACUAUACCAUAUUCCAAACUUCAAUUACUCUCUUCCCAACAAAGCUCUCUAUUCCAGAGGCGGAACCUUUUCGCUUUCCCACCGGAAUCUGUGCUGGCAACGCAACCACAAGCCGUCUAUUCGGUCCAGCUGGUUGCCAGCGCAUCUAUCAUUGCUCUCGGCCAUGAAAGACGACGUAGAGCUCCGCGAACAACCGCCGCUGCCUUCUCUCCAUCUGCGGGAUCUCAAGGUAAUCUCCGCCCUCGGACGCGGCGCCAAGGGCGUCGUGUUCUUAGUUCAGACACAAGGCGGGGAAUUGCUAGCUCUCAAAGCCAUUUCGCGAGCUUCCGUCGAGAAGAAGAAGGCUGGCAACGAUGGAAGUGAGUACAAGAGAAUUUGGUUCGAACGAGACGUUUUGAGGUCGUUUCAGCAUCCGCUUUUGCCUAAACUCCGCGGAGUCGUUUCCACGGAGAAGAUUGUUGGUUAUAUCAUUGAUUACUGCGCCGGAGGCGAUCUCAAUGCGCUCAGAAAGAAACAAACGGAGAAAAUGUUCUCUGAUGACAUUAUCCGAUUUUACGCUGCGGAAUUGGUGCUUGCAUUAGAGUAUCUUCACGGACUAGGGAUAGUUUAUAGAGAUUUGAAGCCAGAAAAUGUGAUGAUUCAAGAGAACGGACACCUAAUGCUGAUCGAUUUUGAUCUCUCCACAAAACUUUCCCCAAAAUCUCCAGAAAUUCAUCAUCAACGUCCAGAAUCACGCAAUCAAUCACGUCCGAAGCCUAAGAACACGAAGAAGUUUCCUUCAUUCUACAUGUUCUGUAACUCUGGAAUUUCGCCGGAGGACUUGGUCCAUCCAGCCGUUCAGCGUACUAUUUCCAGAUCUGACUCAGUAGAGAAGACAAACUCAUUCGUCGGAACCGAAGAAUACGUGGCGCCGGAGGUCAUAAUCGGCGAAGGCCACGAUUUCUCGGUAGACUGGUGGUGCUUAGGCGUUAUGUUAUACGAGAUGCUGUACGGAACAACGCCGUUCAAAGGCUCGAAUCGUAAGGAAACAUUUUACCGGAUAAUAUCUAAGCCGCCGGACCUCGUCGGAGAGCCGACGGCGUUGAGAGACCUAAUCGGGAAGCUGCUCGAAAAGGACCCGCGCCAGAGGAUCUCCGCGGAGGAAAUCAAGGGCCACAAAUUUUUCAGAGGCGUUGAUUGGGACUCGAUCACGCAAAUGCCGAGACCACCAUAUAUUCCUGUAGCAAUAGCGGAUACGGAAGGGAAUAAGGAAAUUGAGGUGGAGUCAUUCGUAGAGGGAGUAUUCAAGGUAGAGCAAACGAAUCCUGCAGAAACCGACACCGUUUCAAAAGUUAAAGGUAUUGAGGAGAAGAAGAACACGAACAAAGGGGUGUGGCUUGAUGGCUUGAAUCAUCCCACCCAACAUGAGCAUUUUUUGGUAUUUUAACAAAUUUUGUAGAUAUAUUUUUUAUUAUUCAUUAUUAAAAUCAUUAUAUGAGUUUUAGGUACAAUCUACAUAGCUUAAUUCUUUGUAUGUAAUAGCAAGCAAUAAUGUGGUUAGAUGCCACAAGUUUUGGAAAAAAGUUGUGAUUUAGAUCAA